AUGGACCAGCCACAGGGAAGCCUCAGGGGCGCACAGGCGGGUUCCUCUAGCGGUGAGGGAACGAGAGUCGAGAAGCGCGUGGAGGCAGGCAGCGAACAAUUUUCCGAGAACGGGAAUCCAAGAGAAGCAGAGGUUCAUGAGGAAGUUGCUGAGCCACCGAAGCUACCAGAUGAGCCGUGCUUCGGGAGGCCCAAACCCCAUCCAUUCGGUGUAAAGCAGCUCAUUACGAGUUUCGGAGCCGCGAUCUCAGCCUUGGGGUUGAUGGUACAAGGAUUGGGCAGCGCUGGGGACAAACGGUUGGGCCAACCAAGCGCCCCGGUACUCCCCCCGGCGCCCAGCCCACUGGACCUGGAGCACGCCGGUGUUGAGCCAGUGCCAGACUUGACUGCGCAGGACGCCCAGAGGAAGCCCCAUCUUCUGGAGCCCGUGCCAGAGUCUCCUGAUCCAGACGAGGUUUCAGAAGACCCUCUAAUGCCGGGAAUGUAG